GAGAGAGAGAGAGAGAGAGAGAGAGAAACACCCAGGGAUGAGAGAGAAAUAGGUGUUUCAGAUCCAAAAUAAAGAGGAGGAAAAAAAAAAAAAAGAAACAGAGAAAGAGGGGGGGAGAUAGAGAGAGACCCCCUUGAUUUCAGAAUCUUUUUUCUUUCUCUGUCUCUCUCUUUCUCUCUUUCUCUCUCAUCGCUCUUCCCAAAGGCCCAAAUGUGUGUCGUGAUUUGAUUUUGGAAACCCAUAUCCCCAAAUUCGAUUUGGGUUUUUGCUUUUGUUUAAUUUUUUUUUCCCGAUUUUUCUUUGCGUUUUGAUCGUAAUUUUGGGGGAGGAGAAGGGUAAAUGGCGACACCCGCGGCCCCGAAUCGCAAGAGGCUGUAUCAAGUUUGGAAAGGAAGCAACAAAUUCUUCUGCGGUGGGAGACUGAUAUUUGGUCCAGAUGUGGCUUCUCUCUUUCUGUCUACAAUUCUAAUAGCAGGUCCAUCAGUCGCCUUUUGUUGUCAAGUGAUUACAAAGCUCCAUAGCCAUGAAAGUUCACACAGUAAUGCCUCAAAUAGUGAUCACAAACAUAUACUUGGCCUUCCAGUGUUAAUCGUGACAAUCGUUAUCAUGAUAUCGGAUUUGGCUUUUCUCUUUUUGACGUCUAGUAGAGAUCCUGGUAUACUACCGAGAAAUUCGCGCCCGCCUGAUGAGGCAUUCGAUGUCAACACUCCUUCGAUGGAGUGGAUCAAUGCAACAAGCCCGCACUUACGGCUGCCGCGCACAAAGGAUGUUGUUGUAAAUGGCUACACUGUAAAGGUGAAAUACUGCGAUACAUGUAUGCUGUAUCGGCCACCUCGGGCUUCUCACUGUUCAAUCUGCAAUAACUGUGUCCAGAAGUUCGAUCACCACUGCCCAUGGGUUGGUCAGUGCAUUGGAUUGCGCAACUACCGGUUCUUUUACUUAUUUAUAUCAUCGUCGACCUUCCUUUGCAUAUAUGUCUUCACCCUUUCCUGGCUAAAUAUUAUCGAGGAGAGAAAAAACUACAACAAUUCAUUGUGGAAGUCCAUGACGGGCGAGGUUUUGUCCCUAGUGCUAAUAGUGUACACUUUCAUUGCAGUAUGGUUUGUCGGUGGUCUCACGGCAUUCCAUACAUACCUAAUCAGCUCGAAUCAGACAACUUAUGAGAACUUCCGAUACCGCUACGAUAAAAAGGAAAAUCCAUAUAACAAGGGUAUAUUAAGUAACUUCAAACAAGUCUUUUUCUCGAAAAUGCCCCCUUCAUUGAAUAAAUUUCGAUCAUGGGUGACCGAGGAGGCAUCAGAAGUUGGAUCCGUUACUAUUGCUCCAUAUCACGGAAUUAGUUUGGGUGGCCUGAAGGAGAAAAUAGACUUGGAAAUAGGUGUUAGGCACGAAUUUGACAGCAAUUUGUCCGUUCCAAACAUAUUGCGGGGCUUGGAUUACACCGAAAUCGAGAAUAAUUUACAGGCGAAGGAAAGACAUGGACUAGAUGCAUCAGAUCCAUUCGCUUUUCCUGUUAUUCAACACACUAAAGAUACAGAAUCUCUAGACUUAAGUGAGAGCUACAGUUCUGAAGAUGGAGAUAUUGAAGUUGCAAGGGCUGAUGAAGAAAGAGCGAGCACGACAUCAGCUCAUGGAGAUGGUCAUAUGCAACAAUCAUAAGAAUUGUUCAAGUGAGUCACCUAAAAGUUGAUACACGUGGAGACUCGGAGUCAUCACAACAGACAUAAUCCAAUCUGCAACUUUUCAAGAUUUUAUUUUCCGAAGGUUAGAAGAAUACAAUUCAUUUCAUUCAUUCACAUGAACUUCAAAUUCAACCUGGCAUGUGGUGUAAUUAUAAACAACUCGCCAAAGUGCGGAAAUGACGAUUAAGUAUCCUGUUCUGCAUUUGAGGGUGAGUGGGGUGAUAGGUGCAAUUCUUAAAGGCUGAUUUUUGUCUCUCAAGUGUGAGUGCAUUUGAUGUGUUUUCCAGAUUGUUGUAUUUAUGUAUACUCUUGUAGAUAUUAUUGAAGUUAUCUUUUUUCUGAGGAAGACCCAAAAGUUAAUGCCUACAAUGAAGUUUUCUUUCCUUUUAGCA